AUGCGCAGGUCCAUAGGGGACCGACACUGUCCCGUCGUCGUCCUCUGCCUGCUCGUCGCCUGUUUAUUUGUCGUCAAACAAGUAGAAGGGGAAGCGGAGGGAGCUCCGGCGAGUCGCGCAGUAUUCACGGAGUAUUUCAGGCAACUUACCCGGCAAAGAAGCGCCCUAAAUCGGCCCGCGCGAAGCAGGGCCCAGCCGGAGGCUGUGGAGCUUCUGACCAAGAACGACGUGUUCAUCGCGGUGAAGACCACCAGCAAAUACCACAGGAGCAGACUGGAGCUACUUUUGGACACAUGGAUCUCCAACAAUAUGCAACAUACGUAUGUAUUCACCGACAGCGAGGACACAGCACUGAGGAAGCGGAUGGGCGUUCACCUGAUCACCACCAAUUGCUCGGCAGCUCACAGCCGACAAGCACUCUCUUGUAAAAUGGCGGCCGAGUACGACGCCUUCCUCAGUUCCAACAAAAAAUGGUUCUGUCACGUGGAUGACGACAACUACCUGAACAUCUUUGCACUUUUGAGACUGCUCUCUCAGUACAGCCACACGAGCGACGUCUAUAUUGGGCGGCCCAGUAUAGAGCGGCCCUUAGAGGUCAUAGAGACGCUCGCCAAUGCUAAAAUGAGGAAGGUUGUGUUCUGGUUCGCUACAGGUGGUGCUGGUUUCUGUCUGAGUCGUGGCCUAGCCAUCAAGAUGCGACCGUGGGCCAGUGAGGGUUCAUUCCUAUCGACAGCUGAACAAAUCCGUCUUCCGGACGACUGUGUGGUGGGCUACAUCGCAGGGGCGUUACUGGGCGUGGGCCUCACCCGCUCACCACUCUUCCAUUCUCACUUGGAGAGCCUAGCACUAUUGACGCGGCUUCAGGAACAGGUGACUCUCAGCUACAACAUACACGAGAGAAACACAGUCAACCUCAAAGGACCCUUUUCACGUCAACAAGAUCCAACAAGGUAA